GAUAAUUACAACCGAUAAUUGUCCGUGAGGCGAUAAUGGCGGUAACAUUCGCCGUCAGACGUGCUGCGAUCCUAACUUUCGUUUGUGCCCUUUUCGCAUCCGGUAGCACUCAAGAAGUCGUUAGAAAUUCACAACCGAACGAUGUCAGCAGAAGGAAUUGCGGAGAGUACCAGUUCACCUGUCAAAACGGCGAUUGCAUCGCGAGCGAAUUGCUGUGCGACGGAAGAGCCGACUGUUCGGAUCAGAGCGACGAGAACCAGGUGGAAUGCACAAAACCGGAGCUGACCUGUCCGGAUUACGCGUUCCGGUGCACUUACGGGGCCUGCGUCGACGGAGACGCGGUCUGCAACGGCGUCAAGGACUGCAUCGACAACAGCGACGAAACACUGACGAGGUGUCCGGGUAUUUCGGUGGCUGACCCUGAGGCGAUCUGUGGUCUUGACGACUUCCAGUGCACGAAUGGACAAUGCGUUAACUCGACGUCUCUCUGCGACGGGACCGUCGACUGCGCCGAUCGGAGUGACGAAACUGCCCUCGCCUGCGGAUCCUUUCCCUGCAACCAGAUGGUAUUCCGGUGUAAUUACGGCGCCUGCAUCGACGGCGACCUCCCCUGCAACGGAGUCCGCGAUUGUGCCGACGGCUCGGACGAGGAUCCACUGCGAUGCGGCGGUCCAACCACUCCGGAAACCGUUACUCCCUUGACACCGACGCCGACGCCGACGCCACCGCCGACUCCUAGACCGUCAUCCCGGCCGCCUGUGGCGAAGCCAUCUUGCGUGGCCCCGCCGCAGCCAAGUAACGGCCACUGGAAGCUCCUUCCAUCACUCUGCAGUAACGAGCUGGACUGUGACGUUCCUCAAGGUGUUGAACUGGAACCUGGUACCCAGCUGGUAUACACCUGCAAUCCCAACUUGAAGGCGAGAGGAAGCACCGACGUCUUUUGCGGGGUUAAAGGAACGUGGUCGAAAAUACCCGUCUGUGUUGAGAUAAAAUGCAGCGCUUUGAACUCCCCGUCGACGACGGCGUCUUGCACUCAUCAGGGCCAGUGGGUGAGCUGCGACUCUGCGGUUUCUCCGGGUACACGAGCGCAAUUAUCUUGUCGCCUGGGAUACAGGAUGGACACGACUUCCUUCACAACUCGCAGAGCUUCCGUGACGUGCAACGCGAAUGGAAGGUGGGAGCCGGACCCCAUCAGAUGCAUACCAGUUUGCGGUGUCGCAAAAACCAACCAGACCCCAUUGGUGUACAAUGGAGUCAAGGCGUCCGUCGGCGACUUUCCGUGGCAUGCUACUCUCUACUUGGAGGAGAACACGGAGAAAGGACCCAAAAAGGAAUUUCAGUGUGGUGCUACAAUUAUUCAGGUCAAUCUGAUUUUGACUGCUGCUCAUUGCGUCUAUGACGAAAAUACCAAGACUGCGGUGAAGCCUGAGAAACUCUUCAUCGUUACCGGAAACACAUUCCGUGAUUAUGAUUCUCCGCUGCACGAUAGCAAAAUCGUUCGAAAAUCUGCGGUGAAAAAUGUUUACUUGUAUUGUCAGUAUUACGGACUAAAUGGAAAUUACGCAUCUGACAUUGCACUGCUGGAACUCCACCAGCCGUUCGAAUUCACCAGCAUUCUUCAGCCUGCUUGUUUGGACGUGUCUGGGUUCAGUGAGCAGAUACUCGAGCCUGGUGUCUUUGGAAAAGUCGCCGGUUUCGGUAGGACAGCAACAGGCACGACCAGUGCCGUUCUGCAGACUCUGACACUGCCUUACAUAUCCUACAACCAGUGCAAGUCUUCGAGCAACAGUAGCGAAAUUGCAGUCUUCAUCAGCAACGACAAGUUCUGCGCCGGUUACACAAAUGGAUCGGCUGUGUGUGAAGGUGACAGCGGGGGUGGAUUGGUAUUUAAGAAAAACGACUUGUGGUACGUUAUGGGGGUCGUCAGUGUUGGUCUCGGCGUAGACACCAGCAACGGGGAAAGGACGUGCGACAAAUACUCUUACUCACUUUAUACCAAAGUCUCCACUUACAUGGCAUGGAUUCAAGACGCGAUGUUCAAUUUAGAACGAUACAAGUUUUUCCGGGGGUGUGGAUUUAAUGUUUUCAAAUGAUUGUGCAGUUUAAUAACAUUUCAGAACAAUCGAUACUAAUUUAGGGGAAAAUUGUUGGUAGGAGAAUAAUCGUCGUUGGUUCUAUUUUACGGAUUGAUUUAUAAUGCAAGGUUGUGGGAGAGAGAAGAUUUUCGGAAGACUUUUAUUUCUGUGCGGUAAUUGCAACUUGAUUUUAUUUACGGACUAGUAAUCUAAAAAGGUAACGAGAGGAAAAUGAGGAUUGUUACAGUUUGAUCAGACAAUAAUUGGAGGUACGCUGUUUGUCAAAAUAUGUUUAUAUAUAGAUGUAUAGGUAUAAAAUCGUAUACUGAAAUAAGGCUUGAAAUUACAGGAAUCACCAGCCUGAAACCUCUUAUGAUAAAAAAUAGAUUUUCUUCAAAGUAACAAAUUCACAAUGAUUAUUAUACAUAUACGCGAAAACGUUAUCAUAAAUAAAAUAACUUACAAUGUUA